AUGGCAACCGUACUCUUUCGAGGCCUCGACGAAAAAAAGACAGUCACCGAGUCGACUACAUCGCUUGGUAGUGACGCACCACCUCUAGGUGCACCCAAAGAGGAGAAACGUUUUUGGUUUCAACGUACGAAAGACUUCGACGAAAACGCAAUUGCUACGCAGCCUAGUGUAUUCGAUGAUGCCCAGACCGCCGAGAAAUACCUUCCUCGCCCUGAUUGGGAGAACUCGCACCGUUUCGACCCCAACGCUCGAUGGACGUGGGCUGAAGAAUAUGCGAUCGUCCGCAAAAUCGACUGGAGGAUCACAGUAUGGGCGUGUAUCAUGUUCAUGGCGCUCGAGUUAGACAGAGCCAAUAUAUCGCAGGCGCUGACUGACAACUUCUUGACGGAUCUGAACUUGACUACGAACGACUAUAAUCUCGGAAACACCGUCUUCAAGCUCUCUUUCUUGCUCGCUGAGCUUCCAUCUCAGCUGGUUUCUAAGUGGAUGGGUCCGGAUCGAUGGAUUCCCUCGCAGAUGAUUCUCUGGAGCAUUGUAGGUGGGGCGCAGUUUUGGCUCUCAGGCCGAACUUCGUUCUUAGCUACACGUGCUCUGCUCGGUAUACUGCAAGGAGGUUUCAUUCCUGAUGUCAUCCUCUAUCUGUCGUAUUUCUACAAACACCACGAGUUGACUCUUCGUCUUGGAUUCUUCUGGACUAUGAUGAGCGUAGCCGACAUUAUUUCAGCGCUCUUGGGCGCUGGCCUGUUGCACCUGCGAGGCGUGCUCGGGUACUCCGGCUGGCGCUGGUUGUUCCUGCUUGAAGGCUUGCUCACUCUCGUAGUAGGCGUCUUCUCCUUCCUCCUCAUGCCCGCUGGCCCUUGUCAAACCGCUAGCUGGUUCCGUGGGAAGAACGGCUGGUUCUCGCCUCGCGAACAGACGAUCAUUGUCAACCGGGUGUUGCGCGAGGACCCGAGUAAGAGCGACAUGCACAACCGACAGCCGAUCACGCCGAAGCUGUUGUGGAAGUGUCUGAAGGAUUACGAUCUCUGGCCGCUUUAUAUCCUAGGACUCGUCUUUCAGAUCCCGGCGGUUCCAGAGCAGCAAUACUUGACGCUAUCACUUCGGCAGAUGAAGUUUGACACUUUCACGUCUAACCUUUUGUCUAUCCCGUAUACAGUCAUCCACAUUAUCAUGAUGCUUGCAAACACAUUUGCAGCCGAGAUAUUUGGAGAGCUUACUUUGAUAGCCAUGGUUGGGCAGUUCUGGAUUCUGCCUUUCCUGAUUUACUUGAACGUCGCCGACACUGCCAACACCAACAGAUGGGUUAUCUACACAGUCACAACUCUCUUGUUAGGGUAUCCCAAUGCCCAUCCCAUCCAAGUCGCCUGGAACUCACGCAACUCAAACACCGUCCGAGCUCGCACGGUCUCCGCCGCCUGCUACAACAUGUUCGUGCAGGCCGGUGGCAUUAUCGCAUCCAACAUCUACCGUGCCGACGACGCUCCUUUAUACCGCAGGGGUAAUAAGCAGCUGCUGGCUAUACUCGCCAUGAAUAUUGUGCUCUACGUUUUGACCAAGGUAUAUUAUGUCUGGAGGAACAAGUCCCGGGAUCGAACGUGGAACGCCAUGACCGCUGCAGAGAAGCUCAAUUACUUGUCGACGACUACGGAUGAAGGGAAUAAGCGCUUGGAUUUCCGGUUUGAGCAUUAG